AAAACCUGACCUCUUUCAUUCCAUUUCUUACUCCAUUCUCAUCAUCCACACACUGUUCACAAACAGACCCAACCAUGGGAACCCGAAGCCUCGUCACCUUUCGCUUUCUCGCCAUUUGUGCGAUCUUCGCCGUUAAUUUAGCUCUGGCUUCAUCCUCAGCCAUAGAUUUCAGUGGCAGCCACCAGCUGAGCUGGAUUUCGUCGAGAUCGGCUUGCACAGGAACAAUCGCAGAGUGCCUCAUAGCCGGAGACGAUGAUCUGGAGAUGGAGAUGGACUCGGAGAGCAACCGGCGUAUUUUAGCCACGAGUCGUUAUAUCAGCUACGGUGCGCUCAGGAGGAACACUGUCCCUUGCUCUCGCCGUGGCGCCUCCUACUACAACUGCCGACCUGGAGCUCAGGCCAAUCCUUACUCUCGUGGAUGCAGUUCCAUUACUCGCUGCCGCAGAUAAAUAUAUUUUUUAUUUUUUAUUUUUAUUUUAUUUUAAUUUUUUCGUGUCUUUUAAAGUAUUAUUAAUUACAUAUUGAUGAAUCUGAUUGAAGAUUGUUUGUUAUAUACAUUAAGAAGAAGAGAUUGGAAUAAUUUCUCAAAAAAAAUUGAAAAUAAUGCUUAUUACAUCUAUUUUUUAUUUUAUUUUAAUUUUGUGACUUUUAAUUUAUUAGGACAUAAUUUAUCUCUGAAUUUUUGUAAUUUUGAUUUUUAUAUAUUAUUAAUCCAUGCUAUCCAGAAUGCAUUAUUAUUG